AUGGCGCUGGACAGAUACCAAACCGACAAAAUUCUGACUUUGGAGUGCGAAGGGGAGAAAUUCUCCAUCCUCAAAUCCAUUGUCCGCAAGCACUCCCCAGUCAUGUCAAAGGCGCCAACUACUGAAGUGAUCCCCGUCAUCGAGUUCAAUGCAAGUACUUUGCGGUGCAUGCUUGAUUUCAUGUAUGAAGGAAAGUACGACGUUAAGGAGUCAGGAAGCACCGAGGGACCGAGAAGUCGAAAUAUCAUGCUAAUCCUGAACGAGGCAGAAGUCAGAUCUGUUGAUGCUCUGCGAGAGGCAGAGCUGGAUAAUAAGCUAGCUGCAGACUACUACGAUGUUCCCGAGCUUAAACAGCAAUCCAAUGACAAUAUACUCAACAUACUAGAGAAUUCCUGGUCUGCUGAUGAUAUUGCGGCUGCAGCAGAACUUGCAGUUGCAUCCACGUCGGAUACGGCACUUUACGCAAUCAUAACCACAGCUGUAGCUGAUCAUAUCACGGAACUGAUCGACCGCGAAGACUUUAUUCAACAUACACUACUAGCAGGAAUCUCGAUUGGUAUCAUACAGGAUCUGCCGAAAAAGCUAGCAGCAAGCGAUGCCAAAGCCAAAACUUACCAGAGGUGA